GGGGUGGACGUCCGGAGGGAAAAGUUUGCCCGAACGCUCGGCCGGUCGUCCGGAGGGAAACGUUUCCCCUCAAAAAAGGAAAAAAACCGAUCAGAUAAUCGACCGAGCGGACGCGCGAUCCGAACCCCCAGGACGGACCGGAACCCUAUCUCGCUAGCGCUGCCAUGGGGAAGUCGGAGGCGAGACCCAAGGGCUAUGGCGGCGGCGAUGUUGGCGGCAGCGGAAGCCCCGGGAAGAUCUUCGUCGGAGGCCUCCCGCGCGACACCACACUAGCCACAUUUCAGAAGCAUUUUGGCAACUAUGGGGAGAUAGUUGAUUCGGUGAUAAUGAAAAAUAAGCAGACAUCUCAGCCAAGGGGUUUUGGCUUUAUUACAUAUUCUGACCCUGCUAUUGUUGAUAAAGUGAUGGAGGACACCCAUGUCAUCAAUGGAAAGCAAGUUGAGAUAAAGAGAACCAUUCCAAAAGAUUAUAUGCAGUCCAACCCUAAGGAUUUCAGAACUAAAAAGAUAUUUGUUGGUGGCCUUCCCCCAAUACUGACAGAAGAUGAUCUCAAGGAUUUCUUCGAAAAAUAUGGAGCUGUGGUUGAGCACCAGAUUAUGCGUGAUCAUCAAACAAGACGCUCCCGAGGCUUUGGAUUUGUUGUUUUUGAAUCUGAGGAGGUUGUAGAUGAUCUGUUAGCAAAUGGGAAUAUGAUUGAUCUUGCUGGUUCGAAGGUGGAGAUCAAGAAAGCAGAACCAAAGAAAUCCUCAAAUCUGCCAACAUCAACUGGUAGUGAUUCUAGAUCAGCAUAUGGUAGGGAUUCUAGGGACCAUCCUUCUGGGGAUGACCGUGGUGGACUGGCUGAUGCUUAUAGCAGCUACAACAAUGGUGGAUUUGGUCCUUAUAGGAACCAUGGAGGUUUUGUUGGUGGUCACGGCGGGGUACGUGACUACCAUGAGCGAUACAGUCAUUACUAUCCGGGAUUAGGAGGCUAUGAAGGCAUGUCUUCCUUUGGUUAUCCUAGCCGUUUUGGGCCAUAUGGAGGAGGCUUUGAUGGACCUUAUGCUGGAGGGAACUUGUGUGGUUACAGGCGGGGUGGUGAUGAGAGCUUUGGUGGCCCUGGUAGUUAUAGCUUUGGUGGCGCCAUGUAUGCUGGGGCAUAUGAUCCUGCACUAGGUGUUUAUGCACCUGGCGGCACACCUGAUAUGAUGAAUAGGGGAAGUUUUGCCCCAGGACGAUAUCACCCAUAUUGAUGAUUGGAAAGUGUCCUUAAGGAUUUAGCCCAGCAUAACUAUCCUCGACAUGGUUGCUUUUUGAAGUUGUGAUUUUAGCAAUCACUAGCAUACUAGAGAACCCUGUAAUGGUCGAACCCAUGUUCUGUAAAUGCUUGCUAGUUUGUCUGAACUUUAGCUUUUAUUAGUUACCGUGUUGACGGUUUUGUUUGGGAUGAUAUAGAACUAUGGUACUUGUCAUUGCGUAA